AAAAAAUAUCUAAAUACAAACAGAAAGUGGUCUAUAGUUAACAUAAUCCUUCCUUUGCUGCUUCAAGCCUGACUACUACUAGUGCACCUGUUACAAAUGUUGGAUUAGAAACUAUGAAACUAGUUGGGCCUAGAUAAGAAAGCCCAUAAGGCCCAUUAUUGAAUAAUUGGGUAGAUUCAGUAAACGGCGUAAGGUUUUCUCAGAGAGGAAACAAGAGCAGGUGAUCGGCGAUUGAUAGAGAAAGAGAGAGGGAGAUGGGAACUAGACAAGUAUACGAAGAGAAGCUGAGACGUGCGAAUCUCGAGUAUGAUCCGACCAUGAACCCUGGUCUAGGUUCCGCUCGCUGUCCGCGUUGCCUUUCUCUCUUAACCCCUAACUCUGAGAAAGGAGAGUGGACCAUCACUCCAGUUCUGCACGAUGCUGCUGCUGUGGCUGGUUCUGGUAUUGGUGGCUUGCUUAGUGCCGUCAAUGCUUUCAACACAGGGAUCCCAUAUCUUCAGAAUCGGUUUCCAGGGUCGAAGCGUCUCUCUUUUCUUGUCGGGGUUCCAUUGCUGCUAGGGUAUUCUGGUCUAGGGGCUGCCUUUGGAGGUAACAUAAUUCUUCUCUUGUGCCUAAAUAUUGAUUAUAAGUUAGUGUUCUCUGAUUUAUAUCAUUGGUUCUUCUCAUCAUGUAUAUUCUAUCAUUGUUAUUAUUGUAGGACUUUUUAUAGUAAAUGCACCAUGAGCUUCUAUCAAACUCUGCUCUCUGGAGGUAGUUUAGCAACAAACAUGGCCAUGCAUGUUUCGCUGAUUCUGACUGCUUUUGUUUUGAACUCUCAUCAUGGUGUAUGCAUAGAGAUGAACAAGUAAAUAUAUUGGUAUACAACUUGGUUGAUGAUUCUCUUUGAAUUGCCCAAAAAAGGUUUGAAAAGAAGAAAUCUUUUAACAGAAUGCGUUAGCAUUAGGUUAUGUGUGUGUUGAGAGAGAGAGAUGAGGAAGCUCUCUUUGGCUAACUCUAUAUUAACCAUAUGGACCACUUUCACUUUCUCAACUCUCCUUCUCUCACCUCCCUUUUGUCUUGUCCAUUGUCUCCAGUGAUCCCCACAGUCACCGAAUCAUCAUCAUUCAUCAACACCAAGAGCUUUCUUCUUUGCCUCUUUUUUUGUAACUGUUCUUCUUUGCCUCUUGGUUCGUUAAAAGACCGUUGAAUUAAUUAAACAGAGACUGUAAACGUUUGGAUCUAAAGAGAGUAAAAAGUAAUUUGUGGGUUUAAUGUUUAUAAAAGACAUACAAUGUUGCUUAAUAUGAUCAGUGAUCGAGACUAGAAUUUUAUUGACUGCAACAGCAAGAAAAGUACGCACUUAUGUAUGAGUUCCAUGACUCUUAAUUUAAUGUUCCCUCUUUAUCUGAAAAUUAUAGAAUCUUGAAGACAUAUAAUAGAACUCAAAAUGAACAUAUAUAUAUAUAUAUAAUUUUUUAAUAUAUUAACAUUCAUACACAUGAGAUAGGAAAAUGGAAAAACAUAUUUUACAAAUUUAAUCAUAUAUUAUUCCCUUAUUAACACGAACUCAGAAUAAAUAAAUAAAACCUCAAAAGUUCAAGAUCCACACAUCCUGCCGGUUCUCUUCAGUCUUCACACAGCAUGAAGAAUUGGUUGCUUCAUCAGGGCUAGGUUUAAAUGAUAUACCAACACAAAAAGAA